AUGGAACCUGAGAAUGACUGUGAUUGGAAGCCAAAAUUGGGAAUGGUAUUUGAUUCUGAACAAUGUGCGUAUGAAUUUUAUAAUACAUAUGGAGGAAGAAUGGGGUUUAGCAUAAGAAGAGAUUAUUGUAAGAAGGACAAGUUCAGUAAUCAACUUAUUCAUAGACUUUUGGUUUGCAACAAGGAGGGAUUUCGAAAGGUUGACAAGCGAGACCCAUUGUCAAAAAACUCUAGAGCUGAAACUAGGACUGGGUGUGAGGCUCGACUUUAUAUUAAAUUACAUGAGGGUAAUGGAAAAUAUGUUGUGACUGAUUUCAAAGAAAAACACAACCAUGAUCUUGUAUCACCUGAGUGUGACCACAUGUUGCUGUCACAAAGAAAGAUCUCCACUACCCAAGCAAUUCAAUUAGAUUUAGCGGCACAAUCUGGUCUUCGUUUAGGCCAGUCUUUUGAACUCAUGGGUAGGGAAGCUGGUGGAAGGCAAUGUCUUGGUUUUACGAAGUUAGAUUCUAAAAAUUAUUUGAGAACCAAAAGACAACAAAGUUUAGCAUAUGGGGAAGUAGGCAAUGUCUUGCAAUACUUUAAAGAAAAAUCUUUGCAGAAUCCUUCAUUCUUCUAUGCUGUUCAAUUAGAUAAUGAGGAGCAAAUAACCAAUAUGUUUUGGGCCGAUGCACAAAUGAUCAUGGAUUAUGCCCAAUUUGGUGAUGUUGUCACAUUUGAUACGACUUACAAGUUAAACAAAGAACAUAGACCCUUCGCAUCUUUUGUGGGAUUCAACCAUCACAGGGAAACAGUUACAUUUGGUGCAGCAUUGUUGUAUGAUGAGACCGCCGAAUCGUUUGUAUGGUUGUUUGAAAACUUUCUACCGGCUAUGUCAAGGAAGGCACCGAAAACUUUGUUCACCGAUCAAGAUGCUGCAAUGGCUAAAUGA